UGUGUAGACACAUCCGCUGUAGGACGUGGUACGUGUACUGAGACCAGUGGAUACGUAAUGUCAGAAGUUCAUCUAAGGGAUCGCCCUUAACUCUAACUACAGCUAAUGUGUCAUAUUUUACACAAAGCAAGUUGAAGAAAAAAGAAAUAGACAUGUUGGAUUUUGCUAUUUUUGCAGUAACAUUUGUAAUUAUCCUUGUCGGCGCAGUCCUUUAUUUGUACCCGUCAUCAAGGAGAGCAUCUGGAAUCCCUGGCCUAAACCCCACAGAAGAGAAGGAUGGGAACCUACCAGAUAUCGUGGACCGAGGCAGCCUGCAUGAGUUCCUGGUUGGUCUACAUGAUCAGUUUGGCCCUGUGGCGUCAUUCUGGUUCGGCCGCCGCCCAGUUGUCAGUCUGGGCUCUGUGGACCAGCUGAGGCAGCAUAUCAACCCCAACCGGACCACGGACUCCUUUGAGACGAUGCUGAAGUCGUUGCUGGGAUACCAGUCUGGGCAGGGUGGCGACGCGACCCAGACUUUGAUGAGGAAGAAGGUGUGUGAGAGCGCCAUCAAUCAGACCCUGGAGAAGAACUUCCCUCUGUUGCAAAAGCUGGCGGAGGAGCUGGUGCAGAAGUGGUCGUCAUUUCCUCCAUCCCAGCACACACCUCUCUGCGCCCACCUGCUGGGGCUGGCCAUGAAGGCUGUCACGCAGCUGGCCAUGGGCAGCCGCUUCCAUGACGAUGCCGCGGUCAUUCGAUUCCGCAAGAACCAUGAGGUGAUCUGGUCGGAGAUAGGGAGGGGCUACUUGGAUGGAUCUCUGGAGAAGAGCUCCACCCGCAAAAAGCACUAUGAGGAUGCGCUGUCUGAGAUGGAGAGUGUUCUGAAGUCAGUGGCGAAAGAGAGGAAGGGAAGUAGCUCCAACCAGUCAACAUUCAUGGACUCUCUGCUGCAGGCUAGCCUUACGGAGAGACAGGUGAUGGAGGACAGUAUGGUGUUCACUCUUGCAGGCUGUGUAAUCACUGCCAAUCUGUGCAUCUGGGCAGUGCACUUCCUGUCCACCUCAGAGGAAGUGCAGGAGAAGCUUCACAAAGAGCUGCAGGAUGUCCUGGGGGAGGAGCCUGUUUCCCUUGACAAGAUCCCACAGCUCAGAUACUGCCGGCAGGUGCUGAAUGAGACAGUGCGGACGGCCAAGCUGACCCCCAUUGCAGCCCGACUCCAAGAGGUGGAAGGGAGAGUUGACCAGCACAUCAUUCCAAAAGAGACCCUUGUGAUCUAUGCCUUGGGAGUGGUGCUGCAAGAUGCAGAAACAUGGACCCUUCCUUAUAGGUUUGACCCAGAUCGAUUUGAGGAUGAGGCUGCCAAGAAGAGCUUCGCCCUGCUCGGAUUCUCAGGGAACCAGGCCUGCCCUGAGCUUAGGUUCGCCUACACAGUGGCCACUGUCCUCCUCAGCUCUUUGGUGCGCAAACUAAAGCUCCACCAGGUAGAGAGCCAGGUGGUGGAGGCCAGGUAUGAGCUGGUGUCCACCCCCAAAGACGACACUUGGAUCACUCUUACGAAGAGGAGUUAAGGCUGCACCGCUCCUGGCUUCACCUUCGCAGGAAGAACUCACUCACCUGUAACACCUGUGUCAGAUCAUGGGCACGGCCAUAUCUCCGAACCCACGUGGCCUGCUGUUAGUACCAGACACUGACCUGACGUAGCCCAACAUGAAGUUGAUUUUAGCCUCUAUUUCAGGGUAGGUAUAAGGGCCAGUCAGCUUCGGUUCUUGAAAACUGCAAGGCUCUUGCAGUUUUAUUCAGAUUUAUUUGAGCUCUUGCCUAAACAAUAACAGACAAGCAACUAAACCUGAAUGUGAAUUCAGAAUCACCAGCCUCGCUUUGCUGCACAGGCAGGAUGUGGAUGUCUUUACCUGUGUGACAUCGUCUUCAUGGAAGCAGACCUCUGUACUGACGGUUUCAGCUGCACUUGGAAUUUUAAACUCACUGCUUCAGCCUCCAGAAUUGUGGAUGGAACAGUUCUUAAAUUCCUCUCACCUCCCACUUUUGAAAUAAUGGGAAAAUGACAUUUACAAGUAA